UAUGACAGUGCUUUAGAUUGCCGAAAACUAGCUAAGUUACUGGACAACAAGAAAUCUGUCCCUGAAUUGGAAUCCUUCAUGACACUUUAUUGUAAAAAGAGGAAUGUGGAUUAUAAAAAAGACAGCGGAUGGAUUACUGUUUUGGAGAAAAUUCUCAAAUUCGAUUUGCCUCAGGAGCAUGUAUUCAAUGUGUUCUUUGCAUUUACUACCAAAUACAUUCCAAAGGAGACAAAAGAGAGUGCCCAGAUCUAUGAUUUAUUCCGUCUUUUGCUGCAAUACCAUGACCCCCAAAUAAGUUCUCACUUGGAUUCACUCAAACUUCCUCCGCAUACUUACGCAAAUCCUUGGUUUUCUACUGUUCUUGCUGCAUGUGUUGAUGAUGAAGUUUGUAAGACAUUAUGGGAGCUGUAUAUAGAAAAGGUGAGGUUAUCAAAUUGUGUGUUCUGA